AUGGUACAAUCGAAGAGUGGACUGGCUGAAUCUGGGUUGGAGGCAGUAGAAACUGGGUCUGGGCUGCUGGCAGUUGUACCAGGGUCUGGGCUGCUGGCAGUUGAACCUGGGUCUGGACUGCUGGCAGUUGAACCUGGGUCUGGGCUGGAGGCAGUUGAACCUGUGUCUGGGCUGGAGGCAGUUAAACCUGGGUCUGGGCUGGAGUUAGAUGAACCUGGGUCUGGGCUGGAGGCAGAUGAACCUGUGUCUGGGCUGGAGGCAGAUGAACUUGGGUCUGGGCUGGAGGCAGUUGAACCUGUGUCUUGGCUGGAGGCAGAUGAACCUGGAUCUGGGCUGGAGGCAGUUGAACUUGGGUCUGGGCUGGAGGCAGUUGAACCUGGGUCUGGGCUGGAGGCAGAUGAACCUGGGUCUGGGCUGCUGGUAGUUGAAUCAUGGUCUGAUCUGAAGGCAGAUGAACCUGGGUCUGGGCUGGAGGCAGUUGAACCUGGAUCUGGGCUGGAGGCAGAUGAACCUGGGUCUGAUCUGAAGGCACUUGAACCUGGGUCUGAUCUGAAGGCAGUUGAACCUGGGUCUGGGCUGGAGGCAGAGGAACCAAAGUCUGUGUUGGCUGUGUUGCAACUGACCAAGCUGACUUUCUUCUUACUAUAA